AUGAUCGAAAAGGAAUCACUUCCAUCCACUGUGGAUGGCUACAGUUCGGGUCGCGAUAAUGAUUCCAAUGGCCCUGAGCAGCGGAUCCUAAUUGAUUGGUCCGAAGCCGAAGAACGUGCUCUCGUUCGCAAGCUGGAUCUUCUUAUCAUGCCUCUGCUUAUCGCCGGCUUCUUCGUUUUGCAGCUCGACCGGGGCAACAUCGGCAACGCCCUCACAGACUUCUUCCUCCCUGAAGUGGGCAUCACUCAAUUCCAGUUCAACAUUGGAAACCAGCUCCUCAGCCUGGGAAUCGUACUGCUAGAACUGCCGAGCAACCUUGUCCUCUAUCGCUUGGGUCCCCAGAAGUGGAUCAGCUGCCAGAUCUUUUGCUGGGGCUUGGUCGCCACAUUUCAAGCGUUCAUCAAAGGAAAAGGUGUUGGUGCAUAUUAUGCUACUAGACUAUUGCUCGGCCUUUUGGAAGCCGGCUUCAUUCCUGCUGGCUUGUACACUCUGACGCAGUGGUACAAACGCAAUGAGACCAGCAGACGCUUCACUGCCUUCUUCCUUGGCAACAUGAUUGCGUCGGCGGCAAGUGGUCUUAUUGCCUACGGUAUCCUCCAGAUGAGAGGCAUAGCAGGACUGUCUGGCUGGCAGUGGAUGUUCCUUCUCGAGGGUAUCAUCACAAUAGUGAUCGGUGUUGUUUUCGCCUUUCUCAUGCCAAAUUCUCCUGCAAACCCGUCAAACAUUUUUGGUCACUUGUACUUCACACCACAAGAAAUCCACAUCCUCACCAACCGUAUUACCAUCGACAAUCCUACCCAAGGUCCAAGACACAAAUAUGUCAAGUGGGUUGACAUCAAGUCCGCGUUUUCCAGGUGGUGUAUUUACCCGCAGCUGACUGUAUCCUUCUGCUGCAUCGCCAUUAUCUCACCACUCGGAACAUAUCAACCGUCCAUCAUUGCAAGCUACGGCUAUGAUCGCCUUCAAGCAAACGCACUGUCCUCUGUUGGCGGUUGGAUUGUCAUCGUGCUAAAUCUGUCGUUUGGAUGGAUUGCAGACAAAACUCAGAGGCGAGGGUUUCUGAUUCUUCUCGCUACUGUUCUUAGUUUUGCAUUCUGUCUCGCGACUAGACAAUUGGCCGCAAGCACCAAUCGCGAUCUCAAAUAUGGCAUCCUCACUUGUACCACGCUCUGGGGAUCUGUCGCUCAUCCUUUGAACGGUUCCUGGCUUGCCGUCAACAUUCGAAAUCCUGCAGAACGGUCCAUCACGAUGGCUCUCCUUAUCAUGACUGCCAACGCGGCUGGUUUGGCGGGUGCUCAGAUUUUCCAAGCACAUGAUGCGCCACUGUAUAGGACAGGGUUUACGGUCAUUCUCACACUGGCAUCCAUUGCCUUGGUAUUUGCGAUUGUGUCCAAUGGGCAGUAUCUAUGGCUUAACAAGAAACUUGCGGCUAAGGGGCGGUUAGAAGAGGAACAAGUUGAAGCGGCAGGCGAAGGAGAUAGAUGGCGGUUCUCGCUUUAA